CACCUUCGUAGUCGCCCUCAAAAAUGACGUCUGCCCGAGUCGGCGAAUGGCGCAAGCUGCCUAUUAAUUUGGCCGAGCUAUGUAUCAAUACAACUUUGCGAUCUGGCCAGUCUUUCAGGUGGAGAAAUUUCGGCGAAGACGAAUGGUCCUGCACUCUCCACGGCCGCAUCAUCUCGCUCCGGCAAGACGCGACGCAUCUCCAUUAUCGAUCGAUUUUCCCUGCGUCCAAACAAGUCUCAACUAGAGAAAAGAACGAUGGAGACGAUGAUACUCAAGCGUUGCUCCGUCAUUAUUUCAAUCUUGACCCGAACCUGACGCAACUAUAUGAACAAUGGUCCUCUGCAGAUCCAAACUUCAAGAAGAAAGCCCCGAAAUUUACUGGCAUCCGUAUAUUGAAACAAGAUGCUUGGGAAGCACUGGUGGGAUUCAUUUGCAGUUCGAACAACAACAUUGCAAGAAUCUCACAAAUGGUAGAAAAGCUAUGCAUACACUACGGCCCCUUGAUCGGCCACAUUGGCUCACAACCCUUCCAUGAUUUCCCUUCUCCAGAUGCGCUCACAAAUAAGAAAGUCGAACAACAUCUUCGAGAGCUCGGUUUUGGCUACCGUGCCAAAUAUCUGCAUCAGACAGCUCUAAUAGUUGCCAACGACCGCGACAAAGGCUGGUUAGAUGGUCUGAGGAAUCCGGAGAGUCCCGCAUUUGGACUCAGCUCCAGUUCCGCAGGGCCGAUGAAAGAACAAGGCAGAGAUGGAUACAGAGCCGCGCAUGAGCAAUUGCUAGCAUUGCAGGGUGUUGGCCCAAAAGUCGCAGACUGCGUAUGUCUGAUGGGGCUCGGAUGGGGAGAGGCCGUACCGGUUGAUACACAUGUGUGGCAAAUUGCUCAACGUGAUUACAAAUUUGGUCGCGGUCGACAUCGAAGCCUUACAAAGGACACAUACGAUGCUAUAGGUAAUCAUUUCAGGAAGUUGUGGGGCAAAGAAGCGGGCUGGGCACACUCCGUUCUUUUCACGGCUGAUCUGAGAACUUUUGCGGAAAGGCUUACAACAAAGAUCGAGGUGAAGGAAGAGGAGAAAGAAGUUGGAGGAGCCUUGACAGAGAGCGUUCAGACAGUUUCAAAUAUUGUACGGUUAAGACCAAAACGGGAACUAGAGAAUGGAGCUGGAGAGUCACAAGAACUGGUAGCUGUCAAGAGGUCAAGAGUCCGUAGAAAGUCAAGACCAAAUUAAAAUCUCGACAUCUUUAUGGCCUAGCAUUUCCCUAUCCAAGAGCAAUUCCGAUUUGAACAGCUGCGAAAUACUUCUAGCUUUAGAACUAUGGUUUAUAUUGAACUAAAGUGUUCUCAUUCUUUACUGGAUCGC